AUUAACCGUUUCCGAGCAACAAACUUCCGAAACUCCCGUCAAUUAGACAUAUUUUCCUCUAUAAAAUGUAAUGAUGUGAGAAAUUCAUGUCUCUGGUUAAAAAAUUAGUUCAAGAUGAACCCCGAUCGGUUAGAGGUGUGGGACAUGUGAGUAAAUGUAAAAUAAUUCAAAAAACCAAACAAGAAUUACUACAACAACAGAAACAUCUCGAACCAAAGGAUUUAAUAGAUGUUUGUACUAAUAUAAAAGAAGAAAAAGAAAAUUGUAAAGAAUCCAUCGAACCGUGUUUUGAUAAUAAUCGACAUAAAACAAAUAAUUGCGAUAAAUUUCGACCCCCCAAACCCCCCGGAGAUGGUAGUACGAACAAAUCUAGUAUAUUGGAAUUACCGCCUUUGGGAGCUAAACAUGCUAAAAUUUUAGCUCAUUUUAUGCCCAGUAUCGGCUGUUUCGUGUUAGCUGGUACUCUUUGUGGAAUCUACAUAUGCGAAUGGAAAGAUGUACUGCAAUAUCUUCCUUAUUAUAAUGGCAAAUACGAAAUUGAAACAACGAAUAAAAAUAAAAUGAAAUAAAAAAGUUAUUAUCAAAAGUAAUAAA